AUGAAGUUCUCGACAAUCACGAACCUUGCGUUUGGCGUCGGUGUCCAAGCGCACUGCAUCUUCCAGCAAGUGUCGGUCAACAGCAAGUCGUCCGGCCAGCUCGUGGCGCUGCGCGCACCCAACAACAACAAUCCCGUGCAGGAUGUCAACAGCAACAGCAUGAUCUGCGGCCAGCCCGGGUCGACCUCGCAGACGGUCGUGGACGUUGCGCCCGGUGACAAGGUCGGUGCGUAUUGGCAGCACGUCAUUGGCGGCGCACAGUCUCCCAACGACAAGGACAACCCGAUUGCGCACUCGCACAAGGGACCCAUCAUGGCCUACCUGGCCAAGGUCGACAGCGCGGCGUCAGCCUCGCAGUCCGGCCUCAAGUGGUUCAAGAUCGCCGAAGACAGCUUCGACACCAGCAGCAAGCAGUGGGGCGUCGACCACAUGGUGUCCAACAACGGCUGGUCGUACUUUGCGAUGCCGUCGUGCAUCGCCCCGGGCGAGUACCUGCUGCGCGUGGAGAUUCUGGCGCUGCACUCGGCAAAGACGACAGGGGCCGCGCAGUUCUACCAGUCGUGUGCGCAGAUUCGCGUGUCCGGUUCGGGCACGUUUACGCCGGCGGCCUCCGACCUGGUGUCGUUCCCCGGCGCGUACAAGGCGGAGGACCCGGGCAUCCACAUCAACAUCUAUGGGCCGAUGGGCCAGCCGGACAUGGGCGGAAAGCCAUACACGGCACCGGGGCCGAAGGUCAUCAAGUGCUAG